AUGGUCGAUUCUCUUUCUUCAAGUGCCAUGUACUCUCCUAUCUUGCCUUCACUGCGCAGGGCUCCGAUUGCUUCUAAUGAAGAAAGCAACGAUUCAAUAGAGCUGUCCCCUCAACGACCCUCAACACCCGUCGAAGAAGAAUGCGGUUAUUCUUUCCAGGAGACCAGAGAUAUGUCUAUAAACGACGAACAUAGGGCCUUCCUUGCCCCAAACAUGGUAGACAUCUCUGAUCAAGAGACUUUACACCCCACGUCAGUUUCGGAGGUGUCCUCGGUGGACUCGGAAGAAGAGCUUCCCAAACAGUUGACCUUGAAGCUUGCUGAGAACGAGGUCCCAAACCACGAGCCGCCAAAUACACCACCGAACAGCGGAUUAUCCGUAGAAUGGAUCUGGUCAGUGUGGUGGGUAGAGAUGUUCAGCAGCGUUCUAGCAUUGGAGUGCAUCUCUGCGAUAGUUAUUAUCCUAUCCGUUUACCGAGGGCAACCUCUUCCCAACUGGCCAAAGCUCAUAUCAAUCAACUCCUUGAUCGCCGUCUUCACGGCUGUGUUCAAAGCUGCGCUCAUACUUCCUGUCGCCGAAGGCUUAGGACAAUUGAAAUGGAACUGGUUCGAUCGAUCUCAAACGCUAGGUGAUCUCGUCUUGUUUGACAAUGCGAGUCGAGGGCCGUGGGGAUACUUGGCUGGACUUGGUGCAUUCAUCACCGUUGCAGCCCUUGCAAUCGACGCUUUUUCCCAGGCUACAAUCAAUCUUGGCUCUUGUAAUAUCACGGCAGAGUUCGGUAUAGCCGAAGUGUCUCGGACGAACAACUAUUCGGGCAAUCCUCAACAGCGCGACAGCUCCCUCGAUGCUGCCCCCAUCACCUCGGAACAGAAAAUGCGGAAGGCUAUCAAUAAAGGUCUUGUGGACCCUCCAAAGGCUGGAGAGCUAAUCAACUUCGCCUGCACCUCUCGCAACUGCACAUUCACGCAAGACGGCGGAGGAGGCUACUUCUCGUCUCUCGGAAUAUGUUACUCUUGUAAAGACAUUACAGACAAAGCCGUCUUCGAACUUUUUACCAAUAAAUCAACACCGGCUUCCAACGUUUCGACGUGGUACCUUCCAUGGAGCAAAAACAAAACUGACGAGAGGAUCUUCCAAGGGGAAGGCGGUGGUACACUUCUGACAAUGGCAUCUACACCCAGUCAGGUGUAUAACAACAGCUCGCCUCCCAUUUACAGCUUCGAUAUUUUGUCGCUCACGUCUUUCAAGUGUGAUUCAUGUGGGCCUGGAAAUUCCCCAAUGAACAGAAAACCACUUGCGGCUCAAUGCAGAAUCGACCCCUGCGUCAAGAAUUAUCAAGCCACGGUCACUGAUGGAAUUUAUGCAGAAAAGGUGGAGGGUGGUGAACAGCUGCUAAAAAGACGUCCCGCAACUUUGGGUGAAUCUAGGAAUGAGAAUUCUUUUUCAUUACUUACGGAAUCUGUUUUGAUUGACGGCACAGAGAAAAAGUGCAAAGAAGUAGACGAAAGGGCGAGUAAUUCCGUCCGAGUCGGUUUCAAGGAUGAAAUUUUCAGAGAGAUCUACGACAACUCCCCCGAGAUCUCUCACUCAGAGAAACUCACCUGGAAGAGAUACCCGCGAGAAUGCGUCUGGGUUGUAGACAGAAGCUCCUGGCAAGGGAUGAGGGAGACGAUGACUGACUUUCUGAGUGGUAAAAUGACCACCCAAGAGGCGGAAUCAUAUCAAUGGAUCCAAGGUUCGGUCUGGGGUCAGCAACUGUUUGCGUCCGGAAACGCAUCCAUUUCGACGGUCAACAACAUGGUUGCUGGGUUAGCUGACUCAAUGACGGCUACGAUACGCAAUGAUCCCUAUGGAACCUCAGAGGAGUUGCGCAAGAACGUACCUGCUAAUCUCAAGGCGGCUACUGGGCAUGUUAUCAUCACCCAAACAUGCAUUUAUGUUCAAUGGGGCUAUAUAGCAUACCCUAUAGCCCUUCUUGCGCUGCAGUGGAUAUUUUCGACCCUGGUGUUGGUUGCGUGUAGUCAACGAAGGAGAUCUGGGGAUGGGCUAAGUCGUGCAGUCUGGAAGUCCUCGCCUCUAGCACUUCUCUUUCAUGGGCUUGAUGAGGAUCUGCAGGCCAGGAGUCAGAAUCUCGAGACUGUCAGACAGAUGAACAGCUUGGCAAAAGAUGUCAAGGUUCGUUUGGUGCCGAUGAAUAAUUCUCAACGGAAAGGAUGGCACUUCGCGGGCGUCUAG